AUGCGCAAGUUCAAGGACAGAUUCCUGAAGACAGCCGCGACCCCGCCGCAGAAAGCGGCCGAGAGUUCGCGGUCAUCACCGCCGAGUCAGACGCCUGCGAUCUCCUUCCCUGACGGAGUCAAAGUGCUCCACAACAGUGAUGACGCAAAGGUCGACAUCUGCUUCGUCCAUGGCCUGACCGGCAACCGCGACACUACGUGGACGGCCAAAGGGCAAUCCCAACCGUGGCCACAGACCUUGCUGGCACCGCAGCUCCAGGGAGCGCGCAUUCUGACCUACGGCUACGAUGCGUACGUGGUGAAGAGAUCGGUCGUGUCGUCGAAUCGACUCAUCGAUCACGCCUCCAACCUCCUGAACGACCUGAUCACCGAUCGAGCGAGCCAUGGUGCCUCCGACUGUCCCCUCAUCUUCGUGACGUACAGCCUGGGCGGCCUCGUGUGUAAAGAAGUGAUCCUCUAG